CCGCCACCACUGCCUGCCACCGUCUCUGCGAUCCUGCGCUCCCUCACCGGCUUCACUCCUCUUUCCUCUCACUGAUCGUCCCUCUCGGUGUUUCAGCGGAGGGGCUGCACGCGCGAUUGCGCUAUUGAUACCCACUUUACACUGUGUUUGUGGAAAGUCAGCCUCUCUCUCUCUCCCUCGCUCUCUCUGUCCUCCUCUCUGGCUGCGCUUUGGUAACCUAACAGGGAGGUGUUAACUACUUUUGCGUCCACAAAGCGCCUCCCGUUAUCUCCGGUGCUGCUGCGCAAGAGCCAGAAGGGCCACUGCUACUGAUAUUCCCACUCCGCAGAAAAGUUUUCGGUUUGUUGUGAGGAUAAAAAAAAGAAGCCGGAAACCGAGGAGUCGUCUGCAGAAGACGCGGAUUCUACCACGGCGAGGGAGUUUCUCCUUUGAUGUUGGCUGGUAGUCAACGCAGCUUUGAAGCUCGUCUAGAGCGGGCCGGGCCGCUACUUGAUACUGUUUUGGCGACCACUUGACGAUGAGGAACCAGCUUUGACGAUCUGCGGUUGUCCACCCCCCCUCCCCGGACCAUUCGGCUUCCACAACGCAUCCAGCAAACUCUCCAAGAGGGAGGCUCUUACUUCUUAUUACCCAGGAGGACAAAUGUUAUCUUGACCAUUUAUUGUAUUUAUCACCAGGACUGAAGUUGUCCAAACUGUGAAGCCUGUAAAGGACUGAACAUACCCAACGGCACUUACCUGGCACGGAAUGAUCUGGACUGAACUGAGCUCAAGUGAAUUUGGCUGGAGACAGAUUAAGUCACGUUAGCUCCACUAAGGAGAGAUGAAUUGAAUUCAGGCUAACCUGAACUUACAAUUGCUGACACCCUUUAAUUUCUUAAAGAAUACUCUCCUCCCUUAGAAACCUUUUUAGGAGCCCCUUUCUUCAAAAAGCCAAAACCCUUAAGUGUCCACCCUAGAUUCCCUCACUUCCUCUGACCCUUUCCAAGGGUCUUGAACAGGCUCACAUUUUAUUGAGGAGGAAUCAUCUCCUCCUCCCCCUAAAAUCCUUACGACCUCUUCCUUUUGUCCAGACAUGGAUCUCCACAGGGCGGCCUUCAAGAUGGAGAGCUCCUCCUACCUGCCCAAUCCCUUGGCCUCCCCGGCCCUCAUGGUCCUGGCUUCCACCGCUGAAGCCUCUCGCGAUGCCUCAAUUCCCUGCCAGCAGCCACGUCCUUUUGGCGUCCCAGUAUCUGUUGAGAAAGACGUACAUUUGCCAUUCAACAAUGGUUCUUACACUUUUGCAUCAAUGUACCACCGCCAAGGUGCAGUUCCACCAGGAUUCCCCAACAGGGAUUUCCCUCCGUCCCUCCUUCACCUCCAUCAUCAGUUUGCCCCACCUAACCUGGACUGCUCGCCAAUCAGCAUGCUGAAUCACAGCGGCGUUGGCGCCUUCAGGCCUUUCGCCUCACCUCCAGAAGAUCGGGACGGAGCACCAGGCGGGUAUCAGUCUGCUUUCACCCCAGCCAAGCGCCUCAAAGGCUGCCUGGAUGCAGAUGCUUCACCUCACCUGCGGUACUCUGACGCAGAGGGGAAAGAGUACGACUUUGGCGGUGCCCAGAUCCCUCCCGGAGGCUCGCCCAGCAGCGCCUUGAAAGCAGUGGAGGACAGUGGGAAAAAGAUCUUCGCUGUGUCAGGCCUCCUGUCUGAUCGAGAGACUUCCUCCAGCCCUGAGGACCGCAUAGAGCGCUGUAAAAAGAAGAUGUCCCUGUAUGACAGCCAGGCUCCAAUCUGUCCCAUCUGCCAGGUGCUGCUCAGGCCCGGAGAGCUACAGGAACACAUGGAGACGGAGAUAGAGAGGCUAGCCGCCAUAUGCUUCAGUAAGAACCCCUCGCCCAAGGAUGGAGCAGCCACUCCGGGAACUCCGAAGUCAAUGCUGUUGUCGGUGCACAUCAAGCGUGAGGGAGAGUCUCCCGUGGUCUCACCCCUGUCCUCUGAAGACGCCCACCACUCCGACAGAUACCAGACAUUUUUACGAGUUCGAGCAAACAGGCAAACAAGAUUGAAUGCCCGUAUAGGGAAGAUGAAGAGGAGGAAGCCUGAGGAGGGGGGCCAGGUAUGUCCGCUGUGCAGCGCCCCAUUGGCUGGGAGCGAGGAGGAGAUGAGUAGACAUGUGGAACAAUGCCUGAUCCAGCGUGAGGGUGCGUUAGGCGAUGAUGACUCUGCAGACAUGGAUGGAGAGAAUGGACGGGGCUUUGAGGAGUACGAGUGGGCGGGGCAGAAGAGGAUCAGAGCUACAGCUUUGCUGGAGGGAGGCUUCAGAGGAACAGGUUUUGCCACGUGUAGCAUCAAGGAGAGCGCGGCAGACAGCGAUGCCGACCUAGACGUGGACGGAGACGACACCUUGGAAUACGGCAAGGCCCAGUACACCGAGGCCGAUAUCAUCCCCUGCUCUGGAGCCGGAGAGGACCAAGGAGAAGCCAGGGAGAGGGAGGCGCUACGGGGAGCCGUGCUCAACGGUGGGAUGCCUUCUAACAGAAUAACGCCUGAAUUCUCCAAAUGGGCCAGUGACGAGAUGCCUUCAACGAGCAACGGAGAAAGCAGCAAGACAGACCCCAGCACCCCUUCAUCUUCCUCCUCUUCCUCCUGCGCCCCGCGCACCUGUAAAAACAGUGAGAUUGAAAAGGUAACAGAGGAGGAGUCUACGGCUACUACCAUGGAGGCUCUGAAGGCUCGAAUCAGAGAGCUGGAGAGGCAGAUACUGAGAGGAGACCGAUACAAGUGUCUCAUCUGCAUGGACUCCUACACGAUGCCACUCACUUCCAUCCAGUGCUGGCACGUGCAUUGUGAAGAAUGCUGGCUCAGGACUCUGGGGAACAAGAAGCUGUGCCCGCAGUGCAACACCAUCACCUCACCCGGAGACCUGAGACGUGUCUACUUGUAAAGAGCACACCUCUGCCCCCCCCUCCUCCCGCCUCUUCGUCGUUCCGAUUCAUUCCUCUUCUCAUCUUGGAUUUCAUCGUCCUCCCUCGUCGAUCCUUAUUUGUUUGCCCUCUCUCAUGGCCUGGGUUGCUCGCUCCAAACCCUCCAAGAGCGUACAGAGACAAGACGGCUGUCUUUGAGACUCCACUGGCUCUUUCAGGAGGGCAAAAACUGGAUGAAACUGAAUGACUGAGCAGAACUCACUGACUCUCCAGCUGGCUGCCUGGCCACCUAAAAAAAAAAAAAGAAAAAAGAAAAAAAAGAAGACAGAGACCUGCAAUCCCACUGGUCAACAGGCUUGUUUCCUCUGCCUCACUGACAUGACUCCCUGUACAUGUAACAUAGGGUAUUAUCCACUGAAGGACUUAAAGCCAGUGGAGAACCUUGACACCCAGCUAAACCCUGCUGAAACGUGGUAGCUUCACGCUGCUGAAGCUGGACCUGAAAGGAACUUCUUAAUACAGAAUAUAAAGACUUCUUUUUUUCCCCUCUAGCUCUUCUAUGACAUUUCGAUGGUGCUGGACAAUGGGCUCUACCCCGAAGACUCGACAGAAAGCUUCUUUUUUGUUCACUAUCCCAGAGAGAAAACUCUUGUCUUCAUGCCCCUGUUGCUUAAGAGAAUUAAAAAAGGGCCUGUCCACUAAAACUGAGCUUUCAACCAAACUGAGAAUAACCUCACAACCUUGAAAAGGAGUUUGACACUCCUCCUCCACCUCUUCUUCCUCUCGCGAGCCCUUCCCUCCCCUUCUUCCCUCUUUUGUGGUGUUCUAGUGAAGUAAACCAAAAUUUCUCCCCCUCCAAGAUGCAGUGCAAGCACAUGUAAUAUAGUUCUAUGUAUGUUUACAAUGUUGGGUGUAAAUGACAUAGAGUUCACACACGCAUACGUACACACACAUGCAUAUACAUUACCAUCAGCUGACACAAACAGAAGUAUAUAAUAUCAAAGUCCUGUUGUAAGUUGGAAGGGUCUGGGAAUGAUGUUUGGGGGAAAAAAAAUGGCUGGAAUAAAAGAAGCCUUCUGUAUUUUUAAAAAAGAUCAUUUGAAGAUCCGUUAUUUCACUGUACAGGAAUAAAAAAUUUAAGUAAUAAUAAACGACUCAAGACUAGAUGGUCAAGAUUUAGGUGGUGUAAUUUUUCUGCAGAGUACCCUGAAAAACUGUAGAACAUGAAGCAAGGAAAGAUCUUUUGUUAGUUUUAUGAAGUGGAGAGAUUCCUACUGCCCAAGAUUUACUGCAAACAAGCAGAAAGAUGGAACUGCUCUUUAGUUGCAACAAUUUCCAACUGAGCCUCUUCUUUUAACCUCCAUUACUGCUUCCUCUCAGUUGGAGUAACAUCAUGCUCAGAUCAUAGUCUAGAAAUGUUUUGUUUUACCCCUACAUGUCUCAAAGAAAGCUUUUUUCCAUUGUUCUCAUACUGCUACGCUGCACAAAGGUCCCAAAAUGGCAACCCCCGAAGGGCAGGUUCUUUCUAGCUAUAACAGAUGAGGGAAGUCUCUGGAAAAGAAGGAUCGCCAAAGGCUGAACUGGCAACUUCCAGAUCCCACAGCAUUUCCCCCCUUCCCUUUACGGCAGCAGCAGCAGCAGCAGCAACCAAGGUGGUGGUGUGCUUUGUGUUUGUAAAACUAUGUAUUCUGUGAUGUCUGUAUUGUUGUAAGAAAUGCUGAAAAAAAAAGAAAAAAUAAAACUUCUCAAAUAC